GCAAGGAAGACCAAAGCGUUAUUCAUAGUGCCGAAAUUAGUAACAAAACAGUAACUCAGUUCAGUCAAUAAAUUCUAAAUUAUCCCGUUCAUCAUACGCAUCACUUGGGACAGAAAAAAUGGGAGAACAUUUUAGUCCCUUCAAAGUCACAGAGACACAGGAUGCUUAUGAUUAUGAUCAUGCAAAAAGAAAAAUUGAUCUGUAUGGCCCGGAUGUUGGGCCAAAAAUAUACAAUGUUAAGGGAAACCUAGUGACUCCACCGAUUAUUGCAAAGAACCUUCCAGAUAUAUUUAAUGUCCUUCCAAUUUUUGGUCGGCCUGGGCCUGAAGGACAUAUUGAGGACUUUUAUUCACGAAAGAUAAGGGAAUUUGUUGGCUGUGAUCUGAAUGAUGAACAGUUUGAAAAUCUGGCCAAUGAUUGCAGUCCUGAUUUGCUAAGGACUGGCAGUGAGCUAGUAAUGCCAACCUCAGUGCCCACGCUGUCAGUGUUCUCCGAGGAGGAAAACAGAGAGUACAAUGAGCAACACAGCAACCUGUGCGUUGUGAGGAAGCAUCGGUUACGUAUGGCUAGCGAUCCUAAUGCCAGUUACCAGAGAAAGCUGAAGUAUAGGGGCACACGGCUCAUGCCACUUGCACAGGCUGAAGAUGGAGAGGAAGCGUCCGAACCAGACCUAGAGCCUGGCAGAGAUAUAAUCUACGUCGUGCGGAUAUAUAGACCCUUCCCAUAUAAUAUUAAGGAGAAACAUGUGAGCAGUCGCCACUCGGUGUUCAGCCGCUGCUUGGUGCUGGCGGGACGGCAGCCCCUGUCGGCGCUGCGCGACCGCGUGGUGUGCGCCAACGACGUCGGCAUGCGCGUCGACGUGUCCGCCGCGCCGCACCAGCAACCGGCCGCUGUAGCCAAGGACCUGUUUCCCUCUGGGUUUCUGUUCAUCAACAACGUGUUCUACGUGGACGGCCGCCCGGGCUGCUCGGACCGCAGCGCCGGCCUCCGCGCAUGGGCGACGGCUCGGGGCCUCGGGGACUUUCAAACAAAGGACCUACAUUCCACUAAACUGGACGAUCUGAUUGUGCGUCUGGGACAUCCUGAGGUCUACGUCCACCAAGGCAACUGCGAGCAUCUCUUCACAUUCUCAGAGAUACGUCUGCUCAACCCCGAUGACCCACUCUCCAUCAAGCAAUACCCGGCCCACACCGCUGUCUCACAAAACCAAACCGUCUACUGCACAACUUGUGCUGAGUUCGGAGCCAAAUGGAUUGUAACCAAUUGCUCCACAGUCCCAUUUGACCCGGCCUACUUCUGUGAUACAUGCUUUAGAUUAUUCUUAUACAAGGACGGCCAGAAAAUUGGAGAUUUCAAGGCAUUUUCUUAUAGAGGCAAUGAGAUUAAUAUGCUGAAGCCAUCGGGAUGACGAACACUUCAGUUCAUAUACAGUAUGGAUUUAAAACAGGGUUAGCAAUUCCCUUGCAGGUUGGAGGGUUUUGCG